AUGUCGAAGUCGGAGAAGAAGAUUGUGUUAAAGAGCUCAGAUGGCGAGACCGUUGAAGUUGAAGAAGCGGUGGCUCUCCAGUCGCCGACCAUAACUCACAUAGUUAAAGAUAGCUGUGUCGGUAACGAAAUCCUUCUUGAAAACGUCACCGGCCAGAUCCUCGCCAAAGUGAUCGAGUAUUGCAAGAAACACGUCGUGGUUGAUGGUGAUGGUGUCUCUUCUGAGGAGCUCAAGAACUGGGACACUGAGUUUGCGAAGAAUGUGGAUGAAUCCAUGCUCUUGAACCUGACUCUUGCUGCUGAUUAUCUGAAAAUCGAAAGCCUUUUUCAUCUCAUUACCGAAACAGUUGCUCGUGUGAUUGAAACCAAAACUGUUGAAGAGCUUCGCACUUUUUUUAACGUCGAGAACGAUUACACACCCGAGGAAGAAGCACAGAUCCGCAAAGAAAACAGUUGGGGUUUUGACGACAUUUGA